GUGGGAGCACACCGGGAGGACGGGGUCAGCCUCCGCGGGAGCCACUCGCUCGUGCCAAACCAGGUGCCCGUGCCCCAGCUGCCCGUCCAGUCGGCCACGUCCCCGGACCUGAACCCGCCCCAGGACCCAUACAGGGGCAUGCCAGCCGGGCUGCAGGGCCAGAGCGUCUCCUCGGGCAGCUCCGAAAUCAAGUCCGACGACGAGGGCGAUGAAAACCUCCAGGACACAAAGUCUUCUGAGGACAAGAAACUAGAGGAUGACAAGAAGGAUAUCAAAUCAAUUACUAGCAAUAACGACGACGAGGACCUGACCCCCGAGCAGAAGGCCGAGAGGGAGAAGGAGAGGAGGAUGGCCAACAACGCGCGGGAGCGCCUGCGGGUGCGCGACAUCAACGAGGCCUUCAAGGAGCUGGGCCGCAUGGUGCAGCUCCACCUGAAGAGCGACAAGCCCCAGACCAAGCUCCUCAUCCUGCACCAGGCCGUGGCCGUCAUCCUCAGCCUAGAGCAGCAAGUGCGAGAAAGAAAUCUGAAUCCUAAAGCAGCGUGUCUGAAAAGAAGGGAAGAAGAGAAAGUCUCUUCAGAUCCUCCUCCACUCUCCCUGGCAGGACCCCACCCGGGGAUGGGAGACGCCUCCAAUCACAUGGGACAGAUGUAA